AUGAUUCAAUUUUUCGAUCUUCUCCGCGAAGUACGGGACUUGAUUUACGCGCAAUGCGUCUACUCCGAUGGCGGCUACAUCUUAGACUUUGAUAGUAACAGGCUCAAGUGCGCUAAUGGGGAUUCGAUUGAUCUGACGUUUAUGCUCACCUGCAAACGUGUGGCAAGGGAAGCUAGGGGCAUAGCUCUGUCAACCAAUAUUCUCAAUUUUUCGUCUGUCUGUUCUGAGGAGCAUCGAAUCACAGCCGGACGCUUUGAUACAUUCCUGAAUCUCCUACACUGUCGUCGAGAUUGCAAGAUAGACGAAAUCUUCCCGGAUGUCCUCAGCAUCACCGAAGAUAUCUGGAAAGAACUGUCGGAAAUUGAUCCGAAAUUUACACCGUAUCUGGGUUUGCUCAAGCGUCGAUCCAACGGUUGGCAAAUUACGGAGGACGGUCGUCGAGAACGUGCCCCAAAAGCUAUGCCAACAAUAGGGCCUCCAGGGUCCUGCGGCGAAACACCAUCGAUUUCACGCGAGUGGGUCCGUUCUGUCCUGCAGACGCUUCUAGAGCAUAGGCAUCACUUUGGGGAGGAACAGUUCACUCUCUUCGAAAUAGGCUGGAGUGAAUACCGCUUCAUGGAAAACCAAAUCGCAAGUCUUGUCAACGUCAAUCCCGACCCUUGGGAGAUUCCGUCCCCUCCUCAAAGAGUCAAUGAUUUGAUACAAAGUUUGGGAAACCCCUUUGAAGAAUACUUUUCUCAGGAAUGGGACCUGAUUCAUAGCGGCCCGCCUGACAAGAGUCAGAUCAAGUACCAUUACUCCGCCGCGGCUGUUGCCAUACGUUUCCUGGCAUCCCUGCCCUUGGUUUGUCGCAUGAGCAUACGGACUAUCAUCCUGGAUGAAGACCGAUACGCCGUUGGUCGUGCUGAAAGCCAUGGUUUGGGUCUCAUCCCAUACUGUCAGGAAAACCCGCGCCUUCGUGUGGAGCGCCGAGCCAGUAUGUGGCGGACUGUUCUUCAAUCUAUGACUGGAAAUAGGCCGCCUCCGCAUACCGUGCCAGAGAAACGACAAGGAAAUGAAUGUCUCUAUGCGGCAUCAAUUUCGGAUUGUGUGGCGGUAUGGGUCCUUGAAGCGCUAGAGCUCGAACGCGCCGGCAUGCCGGCCGGCUCAUUUUCUUUGGUUUUAGACGGAGACUCGGUUUGUCCGCGAAUUUUUCAGGACGUCGUUCAACGGGAUGCCGCAUGUCAGGCGGCCGUUGAUCUCUGUUUGGAGCGCAAGAUUCUCCCGGCACUGUCUUGGAGUGAGAGGCGGAGCGAUCCAAGACACAACUGGCGGUCAACGGCGCUCGGGGAGUACGCCGGCAAAGAUAAUAUGUGGUACUUGUUUGAGGACUUUCCGCAAGCAAUACGCGACAUUACAUCUGGCAACUCCAUCGUCAAAUGCAACUUCGAUGUCGGAAAGAUGGUAGACCCAGAGGCAUUGGUCAGAGAGCGCAGAUACUGGAAAAUGGAUGAUUGGAAGGAGGGUUGGUGGGGUCACAAAUUUGAGUCUUUCCGGCCGGAUUCGGGUAGCUGGAUUGACCUUUUAUGCGACAACAGUUACCAAUCCGACUUGCCCUUCGAUUAUAACGAUUACUUCUAG